AUGUCUGCCCUCCUCACGGCCGGCCUUGUGGCCGCCCUCGCUGCCUCGCCGGUGGCCGCCUUCUGGCGAUUGCCGUGCAAGUCCCCGAUUGUCGUUGAGCGUGCCGAUCCAAUCAUCAAUCCUGGUGCCGUCUCUGGUCACUUGCACACCAUUAUGGGAGGAAAUGGAUUCGAUUUCACCAUGGACUAUAACUCUACCCAGGCAUCUACCUGCUCUUCCUGCACCGUUGUAGGAGACAACAGCAAUUACUGGACUCCCACCCUGUUUUACCAGCACCAGGACGGAACGUUUGAAAGCGUCGACCAAGUUGGCGGUAUGACUGUCUACUACCUGCAGCGUGGCGGCGACGGGGAGAAAUUAAAGGCAUUCCCGCCAGGGUUCCGCAUGGUCGCCGGAAACCCAUUCAAGCGUACCGCUGGAAAUGACUUUGCCUCUCAAGGUAUUAGCUACAACUGCCUCGACUAUAACGGUCCAGCGAAGCCAGAGACCCCGAACUUCCCGAACUACAACUGCCCCAACGGCCUUCGAGCCCAGGUCUUCUUCCCAUCUUGCUGGAAUGGAAAAGACCUCGACUCGCCCGAUCACAUGUCGCACGUUUCUUACCCUGCCAACUCAUACAACUCUGGAAAAUGCCCGCCCGAGUUUCCUGUCCAUCUUAUCUCCCUUUUCUUCGAGGUCAUCUGGGACACUGGCAAGUUCGCCGACCAGUGGUACGGUGAUUCCCAGCCUUUCGUCUGGUCCAUGGGUGAUCCGACUGGUUAUGGUGGUCAUGGCGAUUUCGUGAUGGGUUGGGACGAGGAUCUGCUCCAAUCCGCCGUCGAUCAGUGCACGAAUGACAGUGGCCGUGUUGAGGAUUGUCCUGUCUUCGACCUGAUCCCUGAUUCUCAAGCUACAGGCUGUCGCAUUCAGUCUCAAAUUGAUGAGCCUGUCAGUGGUAUCCUCACCGCCUUGCCUGGCUGCAACCCGGUGCAACCCGGCCCUGUCGCGACUCCUCAGUCUGGCUGUGACGCACCUACUACCUUCGCACCGUCCACCGCGACAUUCUUUGAUGAUAUCACUAGCCAAGGAUGGUCGUACGUGGGCUGCGGCACCGACAACUAUUACAACCGAAUCCUCACGGGUGCAAGCCAAUCAAACGAUCAGAUGACUAACGAAGCCUGUGCUGCUUUCUGUGAAAGCAAGGGCUUCUCCAUUGCUGGGACUGAGUAUUCUAGGGAGUGCUAUUGCGGAAAUUCCAUUCCUGAUAGCGGCAAGCCUAUUCCUGGCGUUAUUGGGGAUUGCACGAUGAAAUGUUCCGGAGACGACUCUGGCUUUUGCGGUGGUGCCGGUACCAUUUCUCUAUACCAGAAGUGCUCCGGCGACUCUUGCACCAACGCUCAACUUGUCGACUCCCCAUCGGCGCCCUCGACGUCCAACCCCUCUUGGUCCUACUCUGGCUGCUUCACUGACACGGUCUCGCCCCGCACCUUGCCUAAAUGGUCGACCUUUAACGGCCCCGAUGUCACCAACGAGGCUUGUAUCGCCUUCUGCGACAGCAAGGGCUACCCCGUUGCCGGUACCGAGUACGCGGGACAAUGCUUCUGCGGUGCCGAGAUCACUUCGCCACAGCUCGGCGAAGACAAAUGCAACAUGGCCUGUACCGGGGAUGCCGGCCAGAUGUGCGGCGGUCCAGGCGCCUUGUCAGUCUGGACGAAGAGUGGUGAGAGCAAGAAGGCCAAGAGGCAUCUGCAUGGUAUGGCCAGGCAUGGGCGGAGGUUCUCACAGGUGUAA